GCCUGAUCGGUGUGAAUCUCAGACAAAAGCCAUGCAGAUUUGGAUAACUGAUGACCAGUCCAAGCAUCGCUCCCAUGAGUUCUUCUCGCACAUGACAGACUAUUUAUUUUUAACUAGAUCCCAAGCGUAUGGAAACGAAAUGGCUAAACUACAGUAUCUACUAAGUUAUCUAAGUUAAACAAGUCUCUCUCUCUCUCCAUUAUACAUAUUCCUAGCAGUCUACAUGUACAGUUCAUUACAGUGACAAACCAAAAAAUACAACGUUUUAGAGGCUGCUUUAUUUAUCCCGUGUAAAUAUCCUGGAGACUCUCAUACUAUGUAAAUAAUUCUCUUUAUCAGGAGGAAGCAGAUUGAGACAAGAUCCAGUUGAGUCCUUGUUUUGUCACAUGAUCAGAUAUUUAUAGCAGGGCCAUGGGUGCAGUAACCCCCGAGUGCAGCUGAGGAGUCGCACAACAUUUAACAGCGUUUAUAACUCUUUUUAGAAUCAGAAUCAGCUUCAUUACUAAGUAUGUUUGCACAAGCAAAAAAAUUUGAUUUGGGGAAACAUUAAGUGCCAAAUCAUGUCAUGCCUGUUACCCGUCCUUAUAAUUGGAGGGAAUAGAGGAGGUAAAAUUGACUUCAGAGGUACUAGAAAUGGAGCCACACUGAGAAAGAUCUGGGUUUGGGCCGGCGGCUGGCAGAUAAAAGCCAUCAAGGUUUGGCUAGCUGAUGGCCAGUCCGAGCAAUUUGGUGAACCUGCAGGGAAGUUUUCACAAUUUGAGUUUGAAGAUGGAGAGCAUUUCACUUCCCUUUCACUUUGGGGAAAUGGAGCUGGAACACGUCUGGGUGCCAUCAAAUUCAAGACAAAUCGCUCCCGUGAGUUCUUCGCACAAAUGACAGACUGGAGGCUGAAGACAGAAUAUCCGGUUGAUGUGGGAUCUGGGAUCUGCAUGGGAAUUUCAGGCCGUUCCGGUGCAGAUAUCGAUUCCUUAGGCUUCAUAUUCAUCAAGCCAAUCAAGUCUGCCAAGCUAAUAAAUGUUCAGUAUCCCACGCUUCAUAGUGUGAUACCUAAUGUCGCUGUUGAGGAAAUCAGAUCCAUUACUUACCAAAACAACUCUUCUGAAAUUCAAGAACACACAUUAGAAACCUCCAAAACAAUCACCAAAAAGUCAUCCUGGUCUGUGGCCAACAAGAUGGAGACCUUUUUUAAAAUGGAUGUGAGAGCAGGAAUUCCAGAGGUUGUGGACGUAUCAGCUGGAUUUGGGCUCACGGAGGGCAGGGAGUGCUCAUUUAGUUUAGAGAACACUGAGGAGAAAACUGAGCGGCUCACAGCUCUCGUAAAAGUCCCUCCAAGGAAAACCAUGACGGUGAACAUCACAAUUAGCCGGGCUACAGUUGAUCUCCCCUACACUGGCACAGUCCAGAUUACCUGCUACGAUAGCAAUCACAGCGUGAUGGAGAUUGAUACCAGUGGAAUCUACAGAGGGCUCAGUUACACUGACGCAAAAGUAACGAUGAAUGAAUCUUCGAACACCCUGUAAAUGCUACAGAAAAGAUUAAUUUGGAUUUGGUUUGAUUCUUCAAACCAUUUUAUUACAUGAUUACCAUUUCUCUUAUUAAUUGCUGUGAAGAUGUUUCUUGUGCUUCUUGUGCAAUCUGUAACGAUUUCCAUCAAUAGAAUUGUUCUAUCUAUCUCUAAGUUCAAUUGUUGGUGGUAAAUUUUGAGAAUUGUAUGUUAGAAAACGUAAUGUUAGAAUUAAAA